CACGCCCCGUCAAGUAUAUCAAUUGUCACUUUGCCAUCCUUCUUCCAUCCAUCAGAAAUUCAUCUCGUGAAACCCACCAUGUCGCUCACAAAUGCAUCCCUCAGAAAUCUGCCCGUCUGUUAUGCCAGUGUCUCGAUUGGCUGCAGAGAGGAACACACGCUUCCCAAGAAGCUGGAAGCCAUCUCUCAAGCCGGUUUCACUGCUAUUGAGCUCGGAUUCCCGGAUCUCCUCGCCUUUGCCUCGACUUACAUGAAGAAAGAGGUUGGAGCAUAUGACUAUGACGACUUAGUCAUUUCCGCAAAGGUCGUGAAGGCCAUGUGCGAGGCAAAGAAGUUGAAGGUCCUGAUCCUUCAGCCUUUCGCCAACUUCGAGGGUUGGCAAGAAGGAAGCGAGGAGAGAAAGGAUGCCUUUACUCGUGCAGAAGGCUGGAUCAGGAUCAUGGAAGCUGUCGGAACAGAUAUGCUGCAGGUCGGUUCUUCAGAUACCCCGGCUGAGAAGAUUGGCACCGAUCGCAGCCGCUUUGUCAAAGACCUCCAAGAACUCGCCGACAUGCUCGCAAAGAAGAACUUCCGUAUGGCAUAUGAGAACUGGUGCUGGUCAACACACGCCCCCACUUGGAAAGACGUUUGGGACAUUGUACAAAAGGUCGAUCGUCCCAACGUCGGACUCUGUCUUGAUACUUUCCAGAGCGCCGGCUAUGAAUGGGCAGACCCCACUACCGAGUCUGGCUUGGUAGACAAGCCCAAAGACCAAUUGGAAAAGGACUGGAAGGAGUCACUCGAUGAGCUCGCACGCACAGUCCCCGGAGACAAGGUCUACUUCCUCCAGAUCAGCGACGCCUACAAGCCCAAGCAGCCUUUCAGCAAAGACGUUGACGAGUCCGGUACUCGUCCUAGAGGUCGCUGGAGCCACGACUUCAGACCUGUCCCCUUCCAAGGAUAUCUGCCAGUCGUUGAUUUCACCAAGGCCGUCCUGAAAACAGGCUUCCGCGGCUACUUCUCAUACGAGGUCUUCGAUGGCGGUCCGGACGGAAAGGGCAAGGACUACGAGCUGAACGAUUUCGCCAACGAAGCAAUGAUUACGCAGUGGAAGCUUGUUCAGGCAUGUGUUGAGGAUGAAGAAGUGGUAUAAUGGAACAUGAUGAACAUGAUGAAUGAAUAGUAUGUACAACCACCAGGAAAAUGAUUUUAAUGUAAAGGCUCCGCCAUACAUGCUUUGUUCAGUCGAGUCGGAUCAAAUCAAACAUCUCUUCAGUCAAGAUGCAGAAAAGCGGCUUGGUAUUGCUCUGCAGCUAUUUGUACGAUGAAUCCAAUCCC